AUGGCUGCUGCUGUACGAGAUACCGUCACGAAUCUAAUUGGCAAGAUAGCGGGCAUGGGAGUCCAGGACGCCCCGCCACGCCAGCCCUCCACUGAGGAGGUUGCAGAGCUCAAGAAGAAGUACGAGCAGGCAAAGCAAGAACAAGUGUUUGCCCGCUUCGACUCCCUAAGUUCCAACGACCAGGCCCAGCUCUUCCACCAGCUCUCCUCCUUUGAUCCCGAACACAUCAACAAGCUUGUCAAACGGGCCAACGCAGACGCUGCCAGCGCCCUGAGCUCCAGCGAGCCCAAAGCCCUCGAGCCGCUACCAGAGAGCUCAACGGCAUCGAUACUCGACUCCGACCCUAAGGAUUUAGAAAGAUGGUACAGCGAAGGCCUGAAGCUCAUUGGCGAGAACAAGGUUGCUGUUGUGCUUAUGGCUGGUGGCCAGGGAACAAGGCUUGGGAGUUCUGACCCCAAGGGAUGCUUCGACAUCGGCCUCCCCAGUGGGAAAUCCCUGUUCCAGAUCCAAGCUGAGCGUAUUGCUAAGCUGCAGUCGUUGGCGGCCGAGACAUCGGGCAAAAAGGACAUUAUCGUGCCCUGGUACAUCAUGACCAGCGGGCCAACUAGAAAGGCAACUGAGAAGUUCUUCACUGAAAACAACUUCUUUGGACUUAGCAAGGAGAAUGUCACUAUCUUCAACCAAGGCGUUCUGCCUUGUAUCUCCAAUGAUGGAGAGAUCCUCCUCGAGAGUGCUUCAAAGGUUGCCGUUGCCCCUGAUGGAAACGGAGGUAUCUAUCAGGCUCUUGUCAACUCUGGCGUCCGGGAUGACAUGAAGAAGCGCGGAAUCGAGCACAUCCAUGCCUACUGUGUAGACAACUGCCUUGUCAAGGUGGCCGAUCCCACUUUCAUUGGCUUUGCUGCCUCCAAGAAAGUUGACAUUGCCACAAAAGUUGUGCGAAAGCGCAAUGCAACCGAGUCCGUUGGUCUGAUUGUCCUCAACAACGGCAAGCCAGGCGUUGUAGAAUACUCUGAGAUCGACGAAGCCACGGCCAACGCCAUUGACCCCAAACAGGCCGGUGUCCUUAAGUUCAGGGCAGCCAACAUCGUGAACCACUACUACUCCAUUGGCUUCUUUGAGUCGAUUGAGAAAUGGUCCUCUGAUCUACCACACCACAUCGCCCGCAAGAAGAUUCCUUUCUUCGAUACCAAGACCGGCGCGACUGUCAAGCCUGAGACUCCCAAUGGAAUUAAACUUGAGCAAUUCGUUUUCGACGUCUUCCCACUUAUCCCGCUUGAGAAGUUUGCUGCCAUCGAAGUUAAGAGAGAAGAGGAGUUCUCCCCUCUCAAGAAUGCCAGAGGCAGCAAGGACGAUAACCCAGACACCAGUAAGAAAGACAUCAUGCAACAGGGUCUACGCUGGAUCAAGGCUGCUGGGGGUGUCGUCAGCGAAGAGCAUACCGAUCAGGGCGUCGAAGUAUCCCCUUCCAUCAGCUAUGGCGGCGAGGGCCUUACUUUCCUCAAGGGCCGUACAAUCAGCACCCCUGCACUGAUUGAGACCGAAGGUGACAAGGCAUAG